GACGGGACGAAAUUGGUAGAAAAUGGAAUUAAAGGCCGCCGAUAAAAUCAACGCGACGUACAAACGAGUUAGAUCUUAUCGCGAAUCGACAUCUUCGUUCCUUCGUUAGUUCUGGCUCGCUUUGCUCAGUUUUCUACGAGCGUCGAACAAGUUGAAGAAGUUAUAUACGGAAUAUUCGUGACGAGUGUCGAAGAAAUUUAACAUCGACGUAAUAAGAUGAAGAUUAAGUGUCACGGUACCCGCGGAUGGUACAAGAAAAAGCUAAAGAAUAGUCGACUGAAUAUCGCACAUGGUAUAAAGCGAUUUUUUCGUGAUUAUUGCGAGAACACAGGGUUGCACGGUUUUCGAUACAUCGUUACAGGCGAGACAGCAUGUCAUAAAAUAGUUUGGCUCAUGGUCUGCUUGGCAGCGAUCAUCUUCUGCGUGAUGCUGAUGUUACGUCUGUGGCAAUAUUAUUCGAACAAUCCUACGGUGACGAUAAUAGACACGUCGAACCCCAUAAGGGACUUACAUUUUCCAGGUAUCACGAUAUGCAACAACAACAAAGUUUAUAAACCUCAUGCUGAUAAAAUCGCGCAGAAAUUGCUGAAUUAUGGAUUCGAUAGUGACAUGAGCAACAAAUUGUUCUCUUCGCUGAUGAAACUGAUACGACCGGACAAAAUUGAGAUCGAUAACGCAACCGCGUCUUGGGCCCUCGACAUCCUCGGUUACACGGUCGAGAGACUUAUGCUCGAGUUGAUGCAUCCUUGUAACUUGUUGCUAGUGAGAUGCGGCUGGUUGGGACAACUUUACGACUGUAGUAAAAUUUUCAAAACCGUCAGGUCGAACGAAGGCUUCUGUUGCGGCUUCAAUUAUCAUUUUGUCGGCGAUUACAGCGACGAAUAUUCUUGGUUAAUGAACAUCACGAUGGACUCCGAAGAUCUAGACGUAUUAAGUUCGAAUAAUUCUUUCCCGGGCGUUGACAAUAUACUGCACGUGCCUGGAACAGGACGUGAUAUUGGCUUGGCGGUGGCGUUGAACAUCGACGCUGACAAUUACAAAAGUUCGGUGAGGCAAUUUGUAGGUGCGACGGUUUUGAUCCACGAUCCGUUAGAUUACCCGGAUAUCGGUGCACAAUCCGCCUCUCUGCAACCGGGCCACGUAAUGUCGAUGACGCUGACCGGCACGAAAUUAGAAAGCUCCAAGGAUAUUCAGAAUAUACCUCUGUCCAAAAGGAUGUGCUUGUUCGAUGGCGAGAUAGCCGGGGAACGAAGAUAUAGUUAUCAAACGUGCAUUUCGGAAUGCUUACAACAGAAAAUUUAUGGUUCCUGCGGAUGUUUACCCUUUUUCUUUCCAGACCAGCAUCCGAACGUUCGUACUUGUUAUUUGACCGACGUGGAUUGCAUCUUGUCCCGUAGAAGAAGUUUAUCGCUGGUGCAGUCGCAUAUAAACGAUUGCAGUUGCCUUCCUCAGUGUAACGAUAAGAGUUACGAAGUGGUCUCUGAAUCGGUACAAAUGAACGACGUAGGAUACGAUUCCGAAUUGGCACGUGGCUUAGACGUCCAGAGUACUUCGUUUCUGUACGCGUAUUUUCGAGAUGGCACGUACCUCGAGUACCGGAAGCAAACUAUCUUAGGAUGGGACAGCCUUCUCGCUUCUUUCGGGGGAAUCUUCGGACUCUGCCUCGGUGGUUCGGUGAUAAGUUUAGUGGAGUUCGUGUAUUAUUUAUUUAUAGACAUCUUUUCAUUCCUUAAAGAGAGAACAGAACAACAGAAUCAAGAUCUACCACCUGCCUCCAAAUUAUUCGUUUCUGUGCCCGCAAACAUGAACUUGAAGAAAUAUAGCACGUCGAAUUUGAACAAACGCAUCUGCCUUGCAUGGGACCGACAGCUUUCUCAACGAACUCGGAAAAACUCCGAAUUCACGUGCAAUAUGUAUCACGAAUAAUCGACGAUAUCGUGUUUAAUUGCAUAUUAUCGAAAGUGCGUAGAAUUUCUGGGAACUAAUUUCCAAUUGAUUUGCAGUGUCUAAUAAAAAGUUUAACGUUUAAGAAGAAUUUAAUUCAACGAUAUUUAAUUAUCUUUUAAUAUAAUCAAUCAGAUAAAUGGCAAAGAGAAGAUUAGCUGAACGAACAAGAAAUGCCAAUACUGUAAUUAACUGUAUUUGAAAUUAUAGAAAUUUAGAUCGUAUUAAUUAAAAUCCUAAUUAUUACUAUUUGAAUAUUCCUUAAAUCUCGUUAAAAGCUACCCGCUUAACCUAAUAUUAUUUUUCUUGACGUUUCACGCUGCAAUUAUUAAACAACGUUUCAACGACUACAAACUCCAACAAAUAUUCGUCUUUUACGAAUCACCGCCGUUUGUACAUUGAAAUUCACCCACCUGCGGGGCGACUUUAUUUCUGUCUCUCGAUGACGCAGGUGGUCGGUACAGAAAAAAUUUGAAGGCGUUCUCCGCGAUACGAAGGAAAUGGUAGCGAAAGAAAAUUAUGCUGGAAUAAAGGUGGGGGCCAACUUGGAAAACGAGGCAAAUUAGAAUCGCAUCCAGCUUGAAGAACCGACUUGAAUUGAACGCUGAUGAAACGUCGACUUCGCCCACGUUUAAUCGCGAUUAAACGAACCUUUCUUUUUCACUUCUUAAGAAGAAAAGAAUAGUAUUUGAGGAAAAGUUCUGUUAACGCGAGAUCUUUGUAUUUUAGGCUCGUGUAAAACAGCGGUGAUUUCAAGACUAUAGCGUUUUUACAGAAUUAAAGCGACGCUAAAUCUCCUGAAGCUUAAUGUUAAAUUAACAAUGAAAUUUUAUAAUCGUAGGAUACCUUUUACUCGUACCUUCUGCGGUUUCCAUUCCAAGAAAUCUAAAUUGUUAUUUUCUCUACGCUCAUAUACAGCUUCCUCGUUGCUAUUCAUAGGAAAAUGUAAGGGCUAAGCAUCGUUAAACGGAGGAAGUUUGCCAGAACAAGGAAAACCUUCCCCUUUGUCUAAAACCAUAAUGAACAUAGGCGCUUUAAUAAGUUACAAUGACUCGUACAAUAUAUCUUCUUGAAUAUUCAUUUGUAUUUAAUAUUUGUAUAACAAGCUGGCAAAUAUUGAUUAAGUAGAAUUUUGCAGUCCUACAGGCGGUAAUUCUAAUGAUAAUUUCAUUGAUUUAAUUAGUAAUUCUCUGACGUUAUAAUAUCCUUAUUGUGAUGUUAUAAUGAAACGAGAUUGUUUGGCAAAAGAAUUUGAUCUUCGAUGAACGGCAAAGCUUAACCAUGAUUAACGACGAAGAAAUUUCUUCCUAUUGAGUGUAAUAGAAUGGCCUGAUCGAUCCGCAACGUGUAAUUAUAAUCAAUUAAAUUGUUACCCUUUCGAUCAUUAAUCAUAUAAGUGGUAUAUCUCUAGAAGUAUGUCGCUAGAAGUAAGAUACGAUAAUGAGAAAGAUAAUGACAAUUAAAUUUGUUAGUCAUUUCUACGUACAUCUUUCGAUUGGUUUCAAAUUUUACCAGUAUAAUCAUGACAGUUCUGUCUCAUUACAAUGUUGGUAAAAUUUUCAAACGUUUCGUGUAACUAUUUUAUGUAAUUUAUAUUUUAUCGACGUAAUCGUGAUAGUUUUGUCUCGUUGCAAUGCUAGCAAAAUUUCAACAUCUUCUAUGUAAUAUGACACAAUAUAGCAUACGUAAAAAUUCUCUAUAAUAA